AUGCUUGGUUAUUGGAUUGCCUCCGAAAACAGCAUCUUCUCAUCACCUUCUAUCCUUGAUGGAUGGGUUGAAGCUGAAGGACAACCAGAGAUUUCUGAGGCGUAUUCUGCUUCUUCUGUGCCAUAUUUUGUCUUCUUUAAGGAUGGCAAGACUGUCAAUAUGUUGGAGGGUGCUGACCCAUCUAGUUUGGCCAACAAAGUUGAUAAAGUUGCUGGGUCGAUCAACCCUGGUGAACCUGCAGCUCCUGCUAGUCAAGGGAUGGCUGCAGGCCCCACUGUUCUUGAGACAGUCAAGGAGUUUGCUAAGGAAAAUGGUUCAUCUCAGGUGGAAAGCCAAUUCCCUUCUAGCCCUAAUGACAGACAGACGAAGCGACUGCAGCAUCUUGUCAAUUGUCACCCAGUCAUGCUGUUCAUGAAGGGAAGCCCAGAAGAACCCAAGUGUGGAUUUAGCCAAAAAAUUGUAGAAAUUUUGAAGAAAGAAAUGGUCAAAUUUGGAAGCUUUGAUAUUCUGACGGACAAUCAGGUUUGUGAAGGAUUGAAGAAGUUCUCCAACUGGCCAACCUUUCCUCAACUCUACUGCAAAGGUGAGCUUCUUGGUGGUUGUGACAUUGCAAUUACCAUGCAUGAGAGUGGUGAGCUAAACAAAGUUUUUAGGGAUCAUGGGGUUGAACACUUUGUUUCUGGUGUGGCAACUACUGAGGUUGGUGAUGGAAAGGGUGGCAUCUCCAAGCCUCCUGGCUUGAGUGCAACUUUGUCCUCUUGUCUUGAUGGUCUGAUCAAUUCAAGCCCAGUUAUGCUGUUUAUGAAAGGAAAACCUGAUGAACCCAGAUGUGGUUUCAGCCAUAAGAUAGUUGAUAUACAUCGACAAGAGAAUGUUGCUUUUGAGAGUUUUGACAUUCUUACUGAGAAAAAAGUCCGACAAGGCCUCAAAGUUUACUCCAACUGGUCCAGUUAUCCACAGCUCUACAUAAAGGGUGACCUCAUUGGUGGAUCAGAUAUUGUGCUGGAGAUGCAGAAGAGUGGAGAGCUUAAGCAGUUCUUCGUUGAGGAAGGCAUCACUAAAGGAAAGACUCUCGAAGAUCGUUUGAAGAAACUGAUCACUUCUUCACCUGUCAUGCUAUUCAUGAAGGGUACCCCAGAUGCUCCAAGAUGUGGUUUCAGCUCGAAGGUAGUAAAUUCCCUAAAGGAGGAGGGUGUGAAUUUCGGGUCCUUUGAUAUUUUAAGUGAUGAGGAAGUGAGGCAAGGACUAAAGACCUUCUCCAACUGGCCAACCUUUCCACAGCUCUAUUACAAAGGUGAGUUGAUAGGAGGUUGUGAUGUUGUCAUGGAGCUAAAAAACAACAGAGAGCUUAAGUCCACCCUAUCUGAAUAGACCAAUGGAUCUUAUCAAAUGACGUGGGAGUGAACCCUCCAAUCUUACUGAUUGGCAUUGAAGGGUGUUAGCAAGAUUGCACAUGCUACACUUUGUAUGUUCCCCUUCUUAUUAUUUAUUUUUUUUCCCCACCAUUUCUAAGGAUAUCUAGUGUAACCAGUGGCUGCAACCUCUGCUUAUUUUUUUACAUGAAAUUUUCGUGAAAUCAGAGCGAUGGAUGCUGGUCGUGAAGGGUACUGGUUUUCAGAAACCAACUUAAAUUGGGUUUCUAAGUUCCAGCUUUAGAAAUAGGAUCAUGUUUAUGGCUUAUCAGGGUGUGAUGAUCUUUCUCCAUGAGUUGCAAGAAAUUGCCAUUGGGAAAUUACUGUUUGAGCCUUUCCUCGAAGAAUUGUGGUAGAAACUGUAUAUGCUUGGUUAUUGGAUUGCCUCCGAAAACAGCAUCUUGUCAUCACCUUCUAUCCUUGAUGGAUGGGUAUGAGUUGGCAAGACAGUCUCUCGAUGGAAACCACCAUUUUUUUCCCCUAUUUUUUCGUACGGGACAGCAGAUUGAUGUUCCUACUCUGUCAAAUUCAAGAACCCGUUAGAUUAAUGAUCUAGUGUCUGGUCCAAAGAUAUAUCUUCACCUGAAUCUCAUCACCAGAGAGAGAGAGAGAGAGAGAGAGAUAAUGGGAUGUCCUAAUCUAACAAUUUAGAGU